UCUAUAAUUGUGGAACUUUUAAUUUACAUGUAAUUAACUUUUUAUUAACAGUAUCGUCAAUAUUCUAUGGAAUGAUUGUAAUCUGCAAGUACAUGUUUUAAUUUUAGAAAUGUCUCAAGAAAUGUCUAGCACACAGAAUACAAAUACAGGUCCAGAUAUUACAUCGCCAUUAGGAGUUCUUCCAUCCAUUGGUUCAGCAAAUCAAAAUGCAUCUCUGAAUACUGCACCACAGGCGAAUGUAACUUCAUCGAUAAUGCAAAGUCAAUCUCAAUCCCAAUCUCAACCAACACAGUUUUCACCUCAAACAAUAAAGUCUCAGCCACAAUUGAAUCAGCCUAAUGUUCAAAGUACAUUAUUAGAUUAUCCACAGUUUUUAACUAAAACAAGAUUGCAAGAUUUAGUGAAGGAAGUUGAUCCUACCGAACAGCUUGACGAAGAAGUAGAGGAAAUGUUAUUACAAUUGGCAGAUGAUUUUGUAGAAACUACAAUUAAUGCUGCUUGCUUAUUAGCUAAACAUCGCCAUGCAAAUACAGUGGAAGUAAAAGAUGUUCAAUUACACUUAGAGAAAAAUUGGAAUAUGUGGAUACCUGGUUUUGGCACAGAUGAAAUUCGUCCAUAUAAGCGAGCAACUGUAACAGAAGCACAUAAACAGAGAUUAGCUUUAAUUCGUAAAUCAAUAAAAAAAUAUUAGUACUUUAAAUUUUAUAAUUGUAAUAGAAUUCUGGAUUAGAGA